GUGUCAUUGUGAAAGAAAUGAUUUACGAUUUUGGACCAGAAGGCAACAAAACAAAAUUCUUGAUGAACAUGUCAGAAGAGGAUUUCAAAGCUAAGGAUGUCACAAAUAAAAUAUUUGAAAAGAUAUGGAACUAUGAAAAUCUAGAUAAUGCAUAUGGAAAACUGAAAGAUAUUGCAACACAACUGCUAGAACCUGUUACUGAUUGGAAGGUUCAAGAUUUCACAAAAAAUGUCAUCGAGGAGUUACAUAAAAUGUAUAAAGACUUUAGUCCAAGCUGCAUUCUAGAUGUUGCAGAAAAUGUAACAGAUCCACCUUGCCAUUCCUGUAUGAUAAAUAAAAAAGCAAAUCAGACAUCCAUGAAUCAAAAACACAAUGAAAACUGCAUUCAGAAAAUAGAAGUGUGCAUAGCAUGUGAGAAGAAUAGUUUUCUCAACCCAAUAACAUGUUACUGUGGUACAAAAUUAACACCUAAUAUUGGUAAUGGAUGGGCAGCGUUACUUGUAGCAGGAAAAGAUACGGAAGAUGCAAAAAGGGUUGAAAUAUCAAAGGCUUUGACCAAAGAUGUUAAGGAAUUGGAGAAGCUGUUGACAUCUCUUGCACCUCGAGUAUUUGGGAUAAGUAACAACAACGUUCGAACAGUUGUACCCUCUGCUCCAGACAAAAUAGAUGAUGGAGAAAAAUUGUGGCCAAAGGUCAAAGAAAACAUCACUUACUUUAGUGAGAAAACAGAUAUAAAUACCAUGCUUAUAUAUAUCUCCUGUCACGGAUCUCCAUCAAAUCAGUCUGAAGAUUCCAAGUUUCAUCUUGGAUCAAGUGAAGACAGUAUCACUCUUAGUCAGUUUAAAGAAGAGCUAAAGCAAUUGGAAAAUAUUGGUAAACUGAUAAUAGUGUUGGAUCGAUGCUACCCUCCAGUUCUAAACUUGGACACGAUACACAUUCAGAUGAACUCUUGUUCGCCAGACCAGAAGGCGCAGAUGGAUAAUAAUGGGAGCCUCUUUACAAGAUUUUUUAUCAGAGGUUUAAAAGCGAGGUCAGAGGGGGAAAUGUGUCCAGAUAAUUGUCAGCCUUGUAGUGACUACUGGAAUAGAAGUAAAGAUUUCAUUACAGUUACCAAUUUAUAUGACUACAUCAAAGGUCAUUUAACUGACCGAACUCCAGAAUGUGUGACACAUGUGUAUGAUCAUAACAUUGCAUUCUAUACAGGUGAUAGAGUGAAAAUAGAAUUCAGUCAUGAAGACUCCUCUAAAAACAUACCGCUUGAUCAUCUUAAAGAUAUGGACGAAUUGGAAAAGAAAUUGAAAGAAGUGUUUGGUCAAGAAACUGAUGAAGUCUGUAUACGAAGAGACACAUUAAGGAAGGAUGACGAACUGCACAAUUGUGACACCAUAGACAAAGUUAUGCUUGCUUGGGUUCAAAGACAACGACUAUAUGUUACUUUUAACGCUAAAAAAUAAUCAAGUGCACUUUUGACUUCUUAAAAUCUCGUCUUGCUGUCAUCAGAAACUGGAACAGGGUGUGUUUCUAUGUCACCAUAAAUCAGUAAAAGUUUUCUCUGUUGACCUGGGAAAAGUUACCAAACCGUGAGUGGAAUGGGAAAUGCACUGGAAUUAUUAAGAAAUUUUGGAUAAAAUUGUUGGCUUCAGAUGAAAACAAAUAUAUUAAGGUUUUUUUGAUGUCGAAACAAGAUAUUAUUGAAAAUCAAAACAGGAUGAAUUGGUAUUCAUUAUUGAAAGAUUUAUUAUAUACUCGUACUUUGGUUUUUAUUAAGUAAGGUUAUUUCAGACCGUUGGAUACACUGAACUAUUUUUAUGCCCCCGCCAUAUAAUGGAUGGGGCAUAUAGUGUUAUCCUGUUCGUCAUUCCUUCAUCAUCAGUUUCCGUUCAUUAUCUUAGUAACGGUUGCAAACAUUCAACUCAAAUUUGGCAAAUGCAUAUGUCAUGAGAAAUUACAGGUCAUGUUUGAAUUUGGUCAUUGUUCAAUGAUUUUGGCAAAGUUAUGCCCCUUUUACUAUGAAAAUAAUAUGAAAUUUUCAGUUUCCGUUCAUUAUCUCCCCAACGUAUUACAAAUUCAACUCAAACUUGACAUAUGGAUAUGUCAUGAAAAUGUACAGGUCAAGUUUGAAUUUGGUCAUGGUUCUUGGCAAAGUUAUGUCCCUUUUACUUUGAAAAUAAUAUGAAGUUUUCAGUUUCUGUUCAUUAUCUCCUGUAGGGUAUUACACAUUCAACUCAAAUUUUACAUAUGGUUACAUCAAAGAAAUACGUAGGUCAAGUUUAAAUUUUGUCAUGGUUCAAUGAUUUUUGGCAGAGUCAUGUCCCUUUAACUUUAAAAAAAGGCAAUUGUCAGUUCCCUUUCAAUAUCUCCCCAACAGUUGUACAUUUUCAACUCAAAUUAAAGAUAUGCUUUGGUAGUUUAGCGCGGAGGAAGGUAGUCUAGUACUGGUGUAACUCUCCAGGAACGAUGGUUAGGAAACUACCCGCCUAUAUGACUGAAAUACUGUUGAAAAAAGGCGUAAAAUGAAACAAACAAACAAACAAAAUAUCAUAAGAAUGCAUUGGUCAAUUUCCAGUUUGGUCAUGGUUUGAUGAUAACUGACAGAGUCAUCCCUCUUAGGAAUAAGCAGUUCAAGUUUGAAUUUGGUCGUGGUUCAAUGAUUUUGGAUAAAGUUAUCUCCCUUGAAUGUUGGAAAAAUUUAGAGUUUUCAGUUUCAGCACUCAUACUUUUGUGGAAAUGUAUGUAGCCAUUAAGUUGGCUAGAAAUAUGCAAUAUACAAUUUUCAAAAGGUUAACACUUAAUAGUUUCAGUGUCUUGAACUGUUUAAAAUGGUUUGUGUUAACAUUGAAUAGUUUUAAGGGCUUUGAACUUAAAAUGAAAAAAAUAAUUUGUGCAAACAAAUUAGGAACUAAAUAUUAUAACAUCUGAAAUAUUGGCUGCAUGCGGGGGCAUCCGUGGCGUGACAACACAUUUCUAGUUGUAUAAUGUGAAACAAAGAUUAAAGGAUCAGUUGUACAAAACUGGUAGACUAAAUAAUUCAAGUAAUGCUUUGUUUUAUAAGAACAUUUUAUCACAGAUAUCAACCAAAUCUUGAUUUGGUAAGCGUUUAGAAGUUCCGUGUUUGUUUAUCUCCAUUACGCUGAUCAUUUUAUUGAAAGUGGCCGAUGGACUAGACCUGUUAGCCAAUAAAUGAACGGUAAUGUACUUUUUGCGAUAAAUUGGAGAACAAAUAUCAUUCUGUUUUAGAAUCUGUUGUAUAUAACGAUUUGAGAAAGCAGUUUGUACCAACUAAUUAUUACAGACGACAAAUAUGCAUAAAUUUGUUGAUUUAAUCACUACAGAAUCUAAGCGUGUCAUAAGAAAUUUAAGUACAUAAUAAAAUUAUGUAGAAAAGCAUUUACAUUAAGAACA